UGUUCGGACGUGACGUUUACGGAAGUUAAUUUAAACACAAAGAUGGCAGAAGAGGAGAGUUCGUUUUCCGAGUUUGAGCAAAUUGACUUUCUCAAAGACAGACAUGUACGAUUUUUUCAGAGAUGUCUGCAGGUGUUGCCCGAAAGAUAUUCGUCUUUGGAGACGAACAGGUUGACCAUCGCAUUCUUUUCCCUCUCUGGCCUUGAUGUUCUCGAUACCUUGGAUGUUGUGGACAAGUCGGCGCUGAUCGAGUGGAUUUACUCACUCCAGGUCCUUCCCACCGAAGACAAAUCAAACAUCGGACGCUGCGGAUUCCGAGGCUCGUCAUACAUGGGAGUCCCCUACAACCCAUCCAAGGGUCCAGGCUUGCCCCACCCCUACGACAGUGGGCACGUGGCUAUGACGUAUACGGGACUCGCCAGUCUGAUCAUCCUGGGCGACGACCUGAGCCGGGUGGAUAAGGAGGCUUGCCUGUUGGGGGUGAAGGCCUUGCAGCUGGAGGAUGGCAGCUUCUAUGCCGUGCCGGAGGGGAGCGAACAUGACAUGAGGUUUGUGUAUUGUGCGGCCUGCAUCUGCUACAUUCUCGACGACUGGUCAGGGAUGGACGUGGAGAGGGCUGUCCGCUACAUCCGCAGUAGCUUGUCUUACGACAACGGAAUCGGACAGGGAGCUGGCCUGGAGUCCCACGGAGGAUCCACGUUCUGCGCCAUAGCAGCGCUGUGCCUGAUGGGAAAACUGCAGGAAAUGCUCACAGAGCGCGAGCUGAACCGCAUUCGCCGCUGGUGUAUCAUGCGGCAGCAGAGCGGCUUCCAUGGCCGGCCCAACAAGCCCGUGGACACGUGCUACUCAUUUUGGGUCGGAGCCGUCCUGCAGCUACUAGAUGUUUUCCAGUACUCUAAUUUUGAGAAGAACCGGAACUACAUCCUGUCGACGCAGGACCGCCUGGUCGGUGGGUUUGCCAAGUGGCCUGACAGCCAUCCAGACGCUCUGCAUGCCUACUUCGGCAUCUGCGGCCUUUCUCUCCUCGGCGAGUCCAGCCUACGGCGCGUGCACCCAGCCCUCAACGUGAGCGAGAGGGCCUUCCAGCACCUGCAGCAGCUGCACCGGACGUGGAGCGAGUCCUGCACAUGACAGCCCGCCUCAGAGCCACACCGGCCCACCCAGACACCUCCUUAGCAAUAUUAACCUUAGUGGGUCGCUUAAGUUGGCACUGUUGUUGUCGAAUGGAGGGGAAGACCAUGCAUAAAUUAUCGGGUCUAGUUGCAUCAAUUAUUAACGUCUGCCAGUGAAUCGACACUUGACCCAGUUGAACUGGUAUGGUUUAACUUCACUGGAUUUCAGCAGGCGCCCCCCCCCCCCCCCCCCCACAUGCAUUUCUGUUUUUUUAACAAUACAUACUUUGGAUUUUCUUUUUAUUCUUAACUCUUUGCCUUUCUGAUGUUUCUUUCCCUUCGGUUCAGAUGGUGUUUAACAACAGCGUGGCUUACUUGAUGGUUGACUUUGUGGAAUUCGCACUUAGGGGUUUGGGGCUGGUUUAAAAUCAUGCCUGCCGUGAUUCGUGUGAGGUUGCAGCUCUGUUUUAGUACCAGAAGAUGGUCUCUGACCGGCGAGAGAGCGGGGGUGUGCUCAGCCUGGCAUUCAAGGUCAGCUGUAGGGAUGCCCAGGCUCCCGGGACCGGACACCCCGGUCCUGUAUGCUGGGCUGAAGGCUGCCAGGACGCAUCCUGGGCUAAAAGACAGACAAAUGUUAGCUUUGUGCUUGGUGGAACCACGUAAACUGUCCAUUUGAUUAAAUCACUGUUUUGUACACAGA